UUCGUAUCGUUCGUCCGUUUUUUUGUUGUUCGUCAAGCAUCAAAAGGAAAUUAAAUUCUUAUAAAAUUUCAAUGAUUCAGAUGAAUUGAAAGUGAAAAUCUUUGUGUGCUUUAUCCUAAAUGAAUUUUCAUGUUUAUUUAAAAGUUUAUGGAAAAAAAUUGUAAAAUUGGCCAACAUUUUGUAAUAUAAAUUCAAACUGAGAAAAAAAAAGAACUCGUGAAACCAACAUCUAUUGAAUGGUGUGAUUUUUUCUUUUCAGUUUGCAACAAAACUGAAUAGAUCGCAGCGAUUUUUGGACGGAUAAAAUUUUUUUGGUAAAGAGAUAAAAUAAUUGCAUUGAAUAAGUGAAAAUUAUGAACUAUUUUUUUUUCUUCAAAAAAAAUUGGCGAAAAAUUGAAAAUGAAUUCCGUUAUUUCACCGACCCUUGAAAACGUAAUCGAGGAUUAAAAUUUAGUGCAUUGAUAUGCUUUUUUGGUUGAAUGCAGAAAAAAAAUUAGUGCAGCAGAAACAACUUUGAGAUAACAAUAAUAAAUGUUGACGUGGAGAAUAACGUGCAUAAACAAAUAGGAAUUUAUAGUGAAAUAAAGUUAUAAAAAAAAACAAAUAACGUGUUAAAAGGGGGAUAUUCGACCAAAACGAAAAAAAAAAUUUGUUCGUUCACAACAAAUUGGAAAAAUUCCAAAGCGAUUUAUAGUUUUCGUGAAGAAAAAAAAACGGAAAAUUUUGAAAUAUUUGAGUUUGUUCGCUCGAAAAUCCAGAGAAACGAAAUCACUUUUGGUUCAGUAGAGAGAAACGAGAAAAAAUACAAUCGAUUGGAUCAGCGCGAAAGCGAAAAAAACGCGAACGAAGCGCGUGAUAUUGAUAACAUUAUUUUCAAUUUUCAAUUGUGGCUUGUUUUUGUAAAUCGAUGUAUUUCUGCAAUUGAGUGCGGAUAUAAUAAAAAAAAACCAACAACAAAAGAGAAAUUCAUUGAACGCAAAAAGUGAAAAACUUCCGAUAUAUUCAUUGCAAUCGAAUGGAUAAUAUUUUUUCGUGGGAUUAAUUGCUUGCAACAAUCAAAUCGAUCGACUCGUUUUUAAAUUAUGUUGUUCUAUAUCGAAACUAGAUGAAAAUGAUUCUACAAAAGAAUUCAUCAUUUUUACUGGGAAUUUUGUUGUGUGUUUUUUCCACAAUUGCAUCACAAGAACGGCACACAAGAGAACACCAACAUCAUUAUCAGCAACAUAGAGAGCAUCAGCAUCAGCAUCAACAUCAUCGACAUCACAACGUACACAAGCAACAGCAGCAACAACAACAACAACAAAACCUAAUUAACCCAGAAAAUGUGCAUAGUAAUAAAACAUUUGGCGGCCAUGCUUGGCUUUCACAUCCAGACGCCACUGAAAAUGAGUUAGAGAAACGUGGUAAAAAUGGAUGGGGUCCAUGGGCGGCAUAUAGUAGCUGCUCAAGGAGUUGUGACGGUGGUAUUCAACAGCAAAUUCGUCGCUGCCACUCAACUCAUUGUCGUGGUGAACCGAUCCGCUACAGAAUAUGUAAUAUGCAGCCAUGCCCCGAAGCACAGGAUUUUCGAGCUCAUCAGUGUGCGGCAUUUGAUGAAACACCAUACGAUGGUAGUCUCUUUAAAUGGACACCACAUUACAUCGAGUCAGAGCCAUGCGCGCUGACUUGUAGAGGUAAACCAGUGAAUUUGGCAAGUAAUGGAGAAAGCGAAACAGAUAUUGCAACCGAAAUCGAUCAGGAGCCGAGUGUUAUUGUUCAACUGAGUAGUCGAGUGAAUGAUGGCACGAGAUGCCGGAUAGGAAGUCUUGACAUGUGCAUAAAUGGUCGUUGCAUGCGUGUUGGAUGUGAUUUACGAAUUGGUUCAUCGAAAAAAGUGGAUGCAUGUGGUGUUUGCGGUGGCAAUGGAUCGACAUGCUCACAACCAAUGUAUCAAUGGGACAUGGCUCCAAUGUCUUUAUGCUCAGCGACAUGCGGCGGUGGAUAUAAGAUGUCUCGGCCGUUGUGCAGAAACCGGAUGACAAGUCAAGAAGUUGAAGAAUCACUGUGUAACUCCGCCAUGCGUCCCGAACCGGCUGUGGUACAGUGCAACACGCACAGUUGUCCACCAAAGUGGAUAACAGAUGAAUGGAGCUCAUGCUCGAAAACAUGCGGCCGUGGAACGAAAGAACGAAACGUUGUAUGCAUCGAAGAAAGCAAUGGCCUCAAAAACAAAUUACCAGAUGAUGCUUGUCGUGACACAUCCAAACCACCAACAUUUGAACCAUGCAACAUACAAUUCUGCCCCAAGUGGAUUACUCGUGAAUGGUCUGGCUGUUCGGUAAGCUGUGGCACUGGAACCCAGGUCAGAAGAAUCGAUUGCGUGCUACCGGCUUUGGAAAAUGCCUCACAAGCUGAUUAUUCACAUAGUCAAAACGAUGGUGAUGGCAAUGCAAACGAUGAAAAGAAUGACCAUAUCGAAUCAUUUUCGGUUGCAUCAAGCAAUGGACUGAUUCAACAAUCAAUGCAAAUGCUCACGAAUGAACAGAUUUCAAUGGACUGUGAUCCGAAAUUAAAACCAAUCGCAACGCAAUCAUGCACGACUGGAAUCGAAUGCACAACGAUAAUUAACAACGAUAAUAUCGACAGCAGUAGCCAUGAAGAGGCUGAUAGAAUUACGAAUGCAUCCAAUGAAAAUGAGAACGAAAACGAAAAUGAUAACACUGAAAUCGAUGGCGAUAACGACCGCGUCGACCACGAAGAUGACAAUGAAAAUACAAAUGCUGAAUCUGAUAAUAUUGAUGAUACGGAGGAUGUAAAUGUUGAAUCAAAUGCAUAUGAAACAAGUGUUGAGGGUACAAAUCUAAAUGUUGAGGAGGAUGGCGAUGGUAACGCUGAAAAUGCCAGCGCUGAAAGUAUUGCUAGUGUCGAUAGUGAAGAGAAAGCAGACACUGAGGAGACCGAGGCUGAUUACAAGAACGAAUCCGAUGAACAAGUGAUGGCCGACGAAGAGGGAAAACAAUACCAUCGUCCGGCGCAUUUAACCAGAUCACAUUUGCAUCACGACGAACCAUCCCCCGUUGCUGAACGAUUUACCGAUAAACGUUCGAAGACCGAAUACCAAAUGCCAAGCGAAGCAACAUUCAUAAAAGAUACGAAUUGGAGCGUAUGUUCAGUCACAUGCGGCGAAGGUAUCCGAACAAAGCAGUAUCGAUGUAAAAUUUUCUUGGAAUUAUCGCAAACACUGGCCACACUGCAUAACGAUUCGUUUUGUUUGGGACCAAAGCCAGCGCCUGAGGUCGAAGCGUGUUCGGCUCCGGAACCAUGCUUUGGUGCCAUGGCAUCUUUUGGGUAUGAAGAUAAUUAUCCCAGAGAUUCGAUUAAGGUUGGAGUAUCGGAGCCAGGUAAAACGUAUAUUUGGAAGGAACAAGGUUAUACGAGCUGCAGUGCUUCGUGCUUGGGCGGUGUAGAAGAAUUGAUUAUAAAUUGUGUGCGUGAGGAUACUGGAAAAGUAGUCUCUCCGUUUCUGUGUUCACCAGAAACUAAACCAGAGGCUCGAAUUCGCACCUGUAAUGAUCGUCCAUGUCCGCCACGAUGGAAUUACUCGGACUUUUCACCAUGUUCAAAAUCAUGCGGAAUUGGCAUCAGAGAACGUGGGGUACAAUGUAUUCAUGAGGUAACACGUGGAGGUGAAAAUACUAUGGUCGUGCCCGAUUCAAUGUGUCCCCAACCGCCGCCAGCACCGCGACAAUAUUGCAAUAUUCUCGAUUGCCCAGUUCGAUGGGAAGUUAGUGCUUGGUCAAAGUGCUCAAAGCCAUGUGGUGGUGGAUUUAAAGAGCGGAAAGUUGAAUGUAAACAAAUAAUGGCAAAAGAGCAUAAAGUCGAACGACUCGACGUAUUGUGCCCAAACAUGAAACCAGCACAUCAAAAACCGUGUAACACGAAACCUUGUGCACCCGAAGACGAGAAUCCAUCUAUCGCCGCCAGCAACACGACCUACAUUCAACAUGAUCCGAAGAAAACGAAAGUUACACUUAAAAUUGGCGGUGCGGCAACGGUAUUUCUUGGCACACAAAUUAAAAUCAAAUGUCCAGUCAAAAGCCGAUUUAAUCGCACCAAAAUUCGCUGGAGUAAAGACUCGAAGUUUCUUACAAAAACUCGGAAUGUCAAACUAUCAAAGAAAGGUGCACUUAGAAUUUUAAAUGUAACCUAUCGUGAUAAAGGCGUGUAUGCUUGCCAUGCCUCGAUGAGUGUGUCCGAGUUGCGUCUCAGCGUGAAACCGAAACCAGGCGAUCGUGAAGCCACAUCGGCCGACUAUGAAAGCAUCGAAGAAGAAGAAGAAGAAGCAGAAGAGGACGACGACAACAUUAUUGACGGCGAGGACGAAGACAGAACGGUAGCAUAUCAAGUGCCAGCGAAAAACAUCAACGGAAGUCGACUUAAUCAAUUGAACAAAGACCAAAACCACCAAAAGGAUUUCAACAAUAUACGCCGCACGGACAAAAAACUAACCCAAAACGAAGAACUGAACGAUGACAGUCCAUUGUCAGCAGCCAGUAGUUCUGGAACGAGGACCGUACCAAUGCCACAUUUUCAACAUUUGUUGGCAAGUCUACAGUUUUUGUGGCCAUUUCAGAGUUUUAGCAAUUCGAAGGGACGAAAUUAUCUAGUCGAGCACGGAAUGAAAAUUGGCAUUGAUUUGGAUUCGGUGGAAAAUGAUGAUCCGGUAGUUGGUUUUAAUCAAUUAUCAUUAGGUCAAGGUGUGGAAAAUGUGACGGUUCUUGGAAAUGGACCACGCGAUAGCGUUAAAUUCGAAUGGAUGGUAACACCGUGGACGGAAUGCUCACAAAAUUGUGGCCCAGAGAUUGGAUACAAGUUUCGACGAACACAAUGUAUGGUUCGAUUACAUAAUACAACACAAAACGUAGACAGUGUAUUGUGUAAGGAUGCUGGUUUAUCAGAACCAGAAACAUUUGAAAAAUGCGGAGGUGAAGAAUGUGCCCAAUGGGUUGCUGGCGAAUGGACAUUGUGCUUACAAUCGCGUUGCCAGAGACGCCACAAAGCCAUUCAGGAUCGAAACGUGUUGUGUCUGUUUCCAAACAACACCGAAAGCGAUUUAUGUGAUCCCAAUGAAAAGCCAAUCACUCGGCAAGAGUGCGAUAACCAACGAUGUAUACCAGUUUGGCGCAUGGAUGAAUGGACUGAUUGUAAAGCUACAUGUGGUCAAGGUGUUAAAUACCGUACUGUCAAGUGUGUUUGGUAUGGCUCAAAUCGACGUGCCAUUAAUGGAUGUAGAGAUACACCCAUGCCGGCUAUGAAGAAAGAAUGUAAAGGUCCUCCGUGUGCUGAAAAUUUGAUUUCAACUGGAAAAUCACCCGAAAUGCAUUUGGGAUAUUCGGUGCUGUGGCUAAUAGGUUUGCAAAUUUGCUUUUAUUUAAUUAAUUUUGCAAUGAAUCGAUCGUCGUGUUGAUUAGACAUUUGCUGUCUAAGAUUAUUUUCUGAACAAAAUUGCCGGUAGUUUCAACUAGCUGAUUAAAGAAGCCUGUAAAAAUUAAGGUAUUUUACGAAAACUCCGAGGAACGCAGUUGAAUGGCCAAAUAUUAUCUAAACAUAUAAAAAAAAUCAAUGACCAUAUCCAAUAUCGUUUUAAGCAAAUCUUGAAUUUUUAAGUAACACCACAAAUAUAUGAUUCUGAAUUAAUCUUUUUUAACAAAAUUUUUUCGACGAAAUCGAACAUCGUUUAUGCUAUAUUGAGAGUAUCGAAAAUGAUCUCAGGUUUGUUGACCAUUUUGUUUAUUUUCAAAUUGAAAUUCUGUAAAUAUUUUUUAAAAUCUUAGUUUGAGUGAUUUUUCUUUCAAUUUUGGAAGAUAUAGAAUGCAUUUUUUUAAAUUAUGAAAUUGAAAAGAAUGUAGACAUCCAUAGUUUUGCUUGCUAUGAGUAAUGUAUGUGGCGUCAAAGUUAGCCGGAAAAAAUACCAUUUAGUUAGUUAUUCCAACAACAGGUAUCACUGAAGGCUUGUCGGUUUUUGUCCUUUCUGAGGACUUUGAAAAAAAUAAAAUAAAGUGAAAUCCACAAAAACGUCUCAGACACUGUCUGACAGACAGGAACAAAAUCCGACCAGCCUAAUUAAAACACAGAAACUGCAUAUUUAUCGGUGACGUUAAGUUAGUACAAACAGAUUUUUGGAAAAUAAAUUACCAAAAA